UUAUCAGAUAUUUCCAGUGAUCUUAGUUUCCUGUCAUCGUUAAAGUUCUUGAAUCUACGCGGGAACCCUAUUCUGAGCUUACCAGAAAACAUGAAGAGUCUCACUACACUUGAGGAUCUUAAUGUACAGGACUGCACCAAACUUGAAACUCUGCCAGAGCUGCCACUAGGUUUAUGGUCUUUGGUUGCAAUAAAUUGUUCAGCCUUGAAACAUGCAGCAGAAUUACCAUAUAUGCGCCGGUUAUUGAGACCGUUAUUUUGGGGUUGCAAUGAAUUGGGUGGAGUUCAAAGACUAUUCAACAUACAACCUUUGAGAAGUGUUGACAUAGAAAUGAUAAAAGGAUACGGCCCUGUAUAUUCUCGAAUCAAUUGGAUAUACUCAGAUUGAAAUGAGUAAUUGCUUGGCACAAACAACUAGGAGAGGUCCCAUCCAGGGGCUGUAUGAAUGUGGGAUAUUUAGCAUUUUUCUUCAUGGCAAGCACAAUCCCAGACUGGUAUAGCUACAAGAGCAUGGGAAAGCUGUUGAUGUCUAUUGUUGUACCUUCCAAGCUUGAGCUUAAGAUUCGAGGCUUAAACUUAUGUGUUGUAUAUACAAAACACCCAGAUAGGGAGUUGAUGAGCAUGCUUAAUUCAAUCAAUUUGAAAGUCAGUAAUGAGACCAAGGGUCUUAUGUGGGCCUAUCGACCGGUGGCUAUUGGUUCUCCGAUACAGGAUGUGGACAUUUUAUGGCUAAGCCAUUGGCCAUUUGGGACAGAUGAUCUGGAGGGUGGGGAAGAGUUGCGAGUUUCUGUGGAUCAGGGGUAUGAAAUCUUCAUAAAGGAGUUCGGUGUCCACCUCGUGUAUGAGCAGCACAAUUCAUGCCAUACUUGUGAGGGUGUCCAGUCAAAGAGGAAAGUUGUUACAGGCCACCAGGAAGAAGUAUCUUACUGGAGUCAGGAUGGUGUUGUUGGAGACGAGUCAGUGUCAGCAUCAAAGUAUCAAAUGUGGAGAGGCAAGUACUUUUUGUGUAAUCUUAGGUUCGAUGCCUAUGAACAACAGUUCAGAAGGAGCCAGAGGAAUCCAGCUCUUCUUGAUUUUUCAUAUGUGCCAGAUGGUCCGUAUAAUUGUUUAUGCGAGCACCGAGCUAUUCCUGAAGAAGCUUGUGGGGAAAGUUAA